AUGCCACCCAAAACCAAGCGUACACCCGCGGCCGCAAACGCCGACGUUCAGGAGCCUAAGCCCAAACGACAACAGAAGGCAAAAGCCCCAGCUCAAAAGGAUGCCAAAACUCCGAAACCCACCAGGGUGAAGUCUUUAGCUGCGAAAGCCGCAUCUACACCUCCAAUCCCACCAUCACUGAUCCCGCAAGGUCACCAGAAAAGAAGCCCGUUAAAUUUCUCAACACCAAACCCCACAUUUGUAACCGUCUACGCCGGCGCUUUGCCUAAUACCCAAGUGUUUGUCCUACACAAAAGUGCUAUAACGCAUUACUCACCAGUCUUUGCCAAAAUACUCUCCUCCGCCCUCCCUUCAAAUCCAACAAACGUUGCCAAUGCUGCAACCACAACCCGGAUUCUGGCCACGAGCCAAGCUCCAAAAGCAGCUACUGCAGACCCAGGUUCUAUUCCAAGCCGAAAUUCGAGCACAAUCCUUUCCACCCCAAUCACCCUCUCCACAACUCAGAUUACCAUGGAGGCAAUCCACCUCCCAACCGUCUCUGCCUCUGUCUUCGGUCUCUUCACAAAUUGGCUCUACUUUCAAGAACUCCCACCCCCCACUCCGCCGGAUCAGCUUCCAGAUCCCCUGGAAUUAACUGAGCUCUGGAUUUUCGGAUCGACAUAUCUGAUUCCCAGCCUGCAGAAUACGGCCAUUCUUCCUCUCAUUUAUCUCCUCUCUCACCACGAUCUUAUUUUCGGGAACCUUGAAGGAUUAGGAGACUUUCGAAUGAGCAAGUUGAAGACAUUUUGCGAUUUGGCGUAUUCCGAGAGCAUAGUGAUAGGGAGGGAUGAGGUUCAACGUGGGGAUCGGAAGAGGCAGCUAAAGCAGUUGGCGGUAGAUUCAGUAUUGAGAUACAUUGCUAAGGGAAUAGCUGUCGCCGACUGGGUGCCCGAUUUCCCUAAGGCUAUGGUGGUGGAUUUCACGACUGAGAUGGUGAGGUGUGUUGAAGGGUUGCCUAAACUGGCCAAGGGAGUGAUUGGUAGUAGAGACAAGAGUUAUCUAGUCGGUGUUAAUGAGGAGAAAGGGGAUGCUUUGAGGCCGCAGAGUGGCCAGCAGGCAGAGCAAGCGAGGAAUAGGAACACUUCAGCUGAUGGUGGUGAUAUGGCGAUGAAUAAGGAAGGCGAGCGAAGCCAAACAAGAAAUAUAAGUAGAAAGCACUCGGAUAAUAGGGCAGACGAGAGGAGAGAGGAUUCGAGCGCCAUGGGAACGGGAAAUCCUGACAAGCUCCAGGCAGGGUCGUCGGGGACGCAGAAGGACGAGCGAAAUGCAGUUGCAAAGCAACAAAACGCUGAAGUUUGA